AUGGACCAAGUGCGCGAGAUCGCCGACAUGGAGCCCACGCCGCAGCAGAUGCGCACGUUCGCGGACGGCGGCGCCAAGCUGCGCAUCGUCUCAGCCAAGUUCCUGCACAAGGAGCUGCAGUCGCGGUUCGCGCGGUGCGUCCCGACCCUGCUGCUGCACCCGGCUACGAGGUGA